CCCCUCUUGCAUCACUCCUGUGCCGCGUGACGCGCCCGUGCUUGGGAGCUGUCCCGGGAAUCAUGGUGCUGAAGGCGCUGCACCAGCAAGCAACCGCAAACUGCUGAGAACAUACCCACAAUCAACAGAGGAUCUUUUCCUGAGGACAGUCCAAAAACAUAGCGGUUUUGUUUUUACGGAUGUAUUAGCGACCUGUCGUUGAAACGUGGAUAUUCGGAGACUACAAAGAAAAUGUUUAUGUUUAAAAUGAGCGUACUCCCCGAAGAGCAAAAAACAACUCGGCAUCAACUGCAACGGACGUGGCUUUGAUUUUAUAGUUUAGCGUAAUCCCUAAAAACGUGCAUAAUUUUUGGAAGCAAGGUAGAAAGGUAAAUUGCUGUGGUGACCAUGUUAAACGAAGAAAAUGUCAUCGACUGUGUCCGCCGUGGUGUAAGGUGUCUGGCUACUAACGGAGGAGCACGAAGCAUAUUGACACCUCACCUCCCAGGACGGGACUGAAGCUGGGCUGGUCAUUGAUACGUGAUCAUAUCAACGACAUGUAUAAUUGAAAAUCGCAGGAUGAUCAUUUAAUAUAUGACACCGCCGUAUCAUGCUUUUCCAUAUAUCUCGUGAAACGAACAAAUUGCAUUAAUUGCCAUAAAUUAAAUCAAAAAUAUAUACGAGAAACGAGACAUACUGGAUUAGGAAAUCCUGAUUUGAUGUUGUUGCAAACAACAUUGAAAAAUGGGGGAAGAUCGCAUUUUGAAUAAUGGAUUUGUGAUUAUCCUCUGAAGACUGCUGGGAACCGAAAAAGGGAGAAUUUCCAGUACUGAAACGCGUUUCGAUAUUUGCUUGAGGGAAGGCAGCACAUUUGAGGCAUUAAUUCAUGGAGUUAUACCUUCCUUAAAAACGCAUUUUCCCCCGUAUGUUUGAUUAUUGUGAACAGUUUAUAACACGCUACGUCGAGAUUUCAAGUCGUUCUCCAGAAGCGUUAUUCCUGGGACUUCGAACAUUUGUUAGCCUUUAGCAUUGACUUUAGGCUACAACAGAAACAAACAGUUGAGCAUAGUGGGUACGUAAAUAACGUAGGCUGCCCUGCAGAUACGUUAGGCUACUAAAGAAAAGUAUGCCGCGCAUGAAUUGCCCUGAUUGUUCUGUAAAGACUGGAUAUUUUUGUGCUGAAAGAAAUUAUCAUAGCCAUAUAAAAGGGACAAAUAAAUAUGUUAAAUGUGUGAUGAACUAAACCAAAGCCAAAAGUCCGUCACAGUUAAAAUCUGAGUGUAGGGGAAUUCACCUCCAUCAAAACGACAGCGUUUGCAUACUAAACGAGUGUUUUUUCCCCCAAAUCUAUAUCACCUAGACCUGCACCUUUAAAUUAUAACAAAACGGGCACAUGUUGUUUGCAGUUGGUGUCAUUGUAUGGUGCUGGGGAUUGUUGAGUCACACACAGAUGCACCGGCACCAAGCAAUGCUGAAGAGCCGCUGCUGCGUCCUAUUCAGUGACCUGAAGGUUUUCCUGCUCAGGCCACCGCCACCUUCGGCGCCACCACCAGCAUUAAUCCCCAUGAGCGGCCAAAACACGGAAGCUCGUGCGAACGGAGCCGCGGGAGGCAGCAGCGGUGUGGACAACCACCCUCCGAUAAAUGCCCUUCGUUCGGAGGAAUGGACUGCACCGCCGACAGGGGGAGCUGUCCAAAUCGACGAGGACAGAGCAGCGGGAGACUGGGCUGGAGCGCCGGGCGAGCAGCAGGGGAGCCCGGACUGUAGCAGCUCUUCGGAUGACUGCUCCAAGGAGAAGUCCGAGGAGCGGCUGUCUCUCGCCAGCUGCACUGACAGCGGCUUUAGGACUCCCCUGUGCCGUAUCUGUUUUCAGGGACCGGAGCAGGGGGAGCUGCUGAGUCCAUGUCGCUGCAGUGGGUCUGUGCGCUGCACUCACCACCCCUGCCUUAUCAAGUGGAUCAGCGAGAGGGGGUCGUGGAGCUGCGAACUGUGCAACUACAAGUACCAGGUCAUCGCCAUCAGCACCAAAAACCCACUGCAGUGGCAAGCCAUCUCGCUGACGGUGAUCGAGAAGGUGCAGAUCGCGGCGGCCAUCUUGGGCUCCCUGUUCCUCAUCGCCAGCAUCUCCUGGCUGGUCUGGUCGUCCCUCAGCCCCUCGGCCAAGUGGCAGCGGCAGGACCUGCUCUUCCAGAUCUGCUACGGCAUGUACGGCUUCAUGGACGUGGUCUGCAUAGCGCUCAUCAUCCAUGAAGGGCCCUCUGUGUUUCGCAUAUUCAACCGCUGGCAGGCCGUCAACCAGCAGUGGAAGGUGCUGAACUACGACAAGGUCAAGGACAGCGAGGACACGAAGGCCGGUGCCCACCCCAGGACCCUUACGCUGCCCGCGCAGAGGGGCGCUGUGCGCCCGGAGGGGGGCACCUCCGCCUCCACCUCCUCCCUCAUGGCGGCGGCCAUGGCCACCGUCGUCACGGAAACGCCCACGGCGACGGGCCCGAUGACUCAGGACCCCUCCGACCAGAGCAACGGUCUCUCCCUGCCCGACCACCACUGUACGUACAGCCUCCUUCACCUCCUCAGCCACCUGAGGCAGCAGGAGCCGCGCGGACAGCCCAGCAACAGCAACCGAGAGCUGGUCAUGAGAAUAACUACAGUCUGAGGAUUGUCUUGAGGCCUUAUUAUUUUCCUGGUGUGGGAGUCCGCACUUGCUGACAGCAGCUGUAAAACAAACACUAACUUUUUCAGAAUAAGACAGAAGAAAGGCCUUGCCAACCAGGGAAAAUGGCAAAGUGACGACCGGUUUGACGAAAGAGUCGGUUUGGAUGGGCGCAGAUAACUUUUGUUUUCAGUGUUUUGACAUGUGUGAAAUAAAAAUGAUGGAUUUGGAUUUCUUGAUGGCUGUA